GCCGGGCUGGCUCGGAGGAGAAGAACCCCGGAGCCCGGGGCGCCUUUGCCCGCUCCGCAAUAUCCAGCGCCCGGGGCAGCGCGGCCUCGCCGGGCUUUUCGCAAAGCUCCUGCCUCUUGCACCUCGGCGAGGGGGGGGGUUGAACCCCAGCCCCCCACCCCCUAAAUCUCGGUGACCUGCGAGGUAAUUGCGCAGAGUUUUGUGCCUGCUCCAGCUGCUUUGGCACAGGGGGAAAAUCCACGUGCGUGGAGAUUCCCCCUCCCCCUCCUGUGACUUUUCUGCAAGUCCUCCAAGACCCCCCCCUUAACAUGUGCCCCCCCCGCUCCUUGCGGCAUCAAGAUCUGGCCCAGGGGCCAGCAGCCUCCCUGCAAAGUAGCUGUGGUGGGGGGCUUUGGGGGGCCUGUUUUUGGCCGGGCGGUUCCGGCCCACGCGGGACCGCGGCCUCGUGACGAGACAGCCCCUCGCGCGCGUGUUUCCGUUCCUCCAUCGCGUGGACAGCGAGACACCCGGCCGGACACGGGAGCAAAGUCUUCCGAGCGGCGCCGGCGCCGUGUGCGGCCUUUGGCCACCGGGAGGGCCCGGGCCUUUUCGGGGCGAGGCGCCGCUCCAAAGUCUUUUCGCGGGCGCCACCGGCCCGAGAGCGGCGCGAUCGCCCGGCUGCAAAACAAGCGACGUUGCUCCUUUCUCCUUCGUUCCCAAGUCCUGUGUGUUUUCCCGCUCCCCGCCUCUCUCCGCGCUGGCUUCCAGCUUUGCGCCAGCAAAACCGCAUGGAAAAAACCCAACAACUCGGCUGAUUUAUUUCGCUUCUCUCCAUGUGACUUCUAUUAAACUCAAACCCGGAGCCGAUUGCAAAAGAAGAAAUUUGUGUCCUAGUGCAAACAACGGCCAGCGAGGGCCGACCAAGGUACGCGGCUGCACCGCUGCGAAGCCGGGUGGGAGGCUGCUUUUUUGCAGCCGUGCGAGAUUGCAAAGAGACUCCAGUUGCACACGGCCGAGGCUUGUGCAAAAUCGCCCCUUGACUCCGACGUGGCCGCACACGGACCGGCCGUGAAAUCGUGGAGAAGCGGGUGCAGGCUGCUCGGCAGGGACUUUGCACACGUGCGGGACGGGAGAGAAACCAGCGGCGGGUUUGCAACUGCGCCUUCUGCAGCCCCAAUCUGGGGGGGGGGGGCGAAUGCACUAAACCUCUGCCCCCCCGGAGGGCGUCCUAGCGCUGCUGCAAAAACUUGGGGGAGGCGCCCUUAAAAGCCAGGAGAGGAAUGAACUCCGGGGAAGGGGACGAUCCGGGCGCAGAGGGGGUGUGAAACCCUGGGCACCCCCGAAGCUCGGCCUCCCGAAGCGGGCGGGCCGGGUUGGCGUUGCAAACAGGGCGGCCUUAACUCUGCCCUUCCCCUGAGUUGGCGCGCCAUGGAGGAGACGGCCGCCGAGGGCCACCCGCCCAUGGCUGACGUCCGUCUGUGCGGGCACCUGCGCAAGCAGAAGUCGCAGCGGCGCCGGUUUUUCGUGCUGCGGGCGCCCAGCGAGCGGGGACCUGCCCGCCUGGAGUAUUACGAGAGCGAGAAGAAAUUCGGGGCCGGCGGCGCCCGCCCCAAACGCAGCGUCCCCCUGGCCAGCGCCCUGAACAUCAACAAGCGGGCGGACGCCCGGCACCGGCACCUCAUCGUGCUGUACGGCCGGGACGGCACCUUCGCGCUGGCGGCCGAGAGCGCGGAGCAGCAGGAGGCCUGGUACGGCGCCAUGAUGGAGCUACGCGCCACGGGCCUGUCGCCGCCGGGGAGCGGGGCGGCGGUGCCCUUCCGGGAGGUCUGGCAGGUCAGCCUGCGCCCCAAGGGGCUGGGGCAGACCCGGAGCCUGGUGGGCGUGCACCGGCUGUGCCUGGCGGAGAGCACGGUGGAGCUGGUGCAGCUCCGCGCCCCGGCCCCCUGCCUGGUGCUGCAGCUGCUGAGCGUCCGGCGCUGCGGCCACUCGGAGAACUACUUCUUCCUGGAGGUGGGGCGCUCGGCCGCCACGGGCCCCGGCGAGCUGUGGAUGCAGGUGGAGGACCUGGUGGUGGCCCAGCACAUGCACGAGACCUUCCUGGAGGCCAUGAAGCGGCUGAGCGAGGAGUGCCGGGGGCGAGGCCGCGGCCAGGCCUCCUCCCCCCUCUCGGUGCCGGCCCGGCGCCUGCCCCCCGCCCAGCCGCCGAGCUCCGGGCGCCGCCGGCCCGACGGGGACUACGCCCUGGCGUUGUCGGACGAGGGCGGCUCCUCCAGCCCCGGGGAGGGGCGCCCGGCGGGCAGCCCGGAGCCGGCGGGCUCCCCGGAGGGGCGGCCGUCGCUGCCCCCCUGGGCCGGGCGGAGGAAGCCGGGGUGGUGCCCGGAAGCCGGCUACAUGGCCAUGCUGCCGGGGGCGGGCGUGGGGCAGCCGGAUUACGUGCCCAUGAGCCCCGGCGGCGGCGGCGGCUCCCCGCCCCGGGGCGAAGCCGCCGGCUACAUGCUGAUGUCCCCCAGCGGGAGCUGGGCGCCCGAGUACGUGAACAUGUCCCCGCUGUGGCGCUCGGCCGGCAGCGCCCCCCCGCGCCGCAGCCCCCCGCCCGGCGCGGCCCCCUGCCCCUUCCGCUCCCUGCCGCGCUCCUACAAGCACGGGGCCCGGCUGGCCGUGCCCGGGCGCCUCUCCUCCUGCUCCUCCUCCACCAGCAGCGAGAGCCUGGAGGAGCCGGUGCCGCCGAGCCCGGGGGAGUACGUCAGCAUCCAAUACCGGCCCCGCCCGGGCCAGCCGGCGAGGGCGGAGCCGGGACUCAACUACGUCGCCCUGGACCUGGCCCGGGGAGCCGGCGGCCCGGACGGGCGGCCCCGGGCGGCCGGCGGCCCCAGCCCCCAGGCCUACGCCAGCAUCGACUUCCACCGCUCCCAGGAGCUGCAGGGCCGCCGGGGCGGAAGGGACGGGCCAGAGUGCUGACCCCUUUGCUGUCCAUGCGGCCUGGUGACUGCGGGGCUCCCCUGGCUCAGGACCAACGCUCCACCCCAGAGCUGGUCGCAUCGAGACGCCUGCUGCCUGAUACCUCCACAGCCGACGCGCCUCGGUUUCCUCCCGAUGGACCGUGAACCCCUUUAAGUGCCUUUGUUUUUGGGGUGCGGCUCUCGGGGGUGUGUGUGUGGAGAACAAGCCAAAGAUAGACUCACAUUUUGGGGGGGCUGGUGCCUUGCGCUCUGGGUGUCCUUUGGAUCUGCUGGGGGGACACUGCAGAACCUGACCAUGGGCUUGAGGUUUCAGGGUCACCCCGUUUUGGGGGAUCCCGCUGCACCGAAGCCAAUUCUUUACUCCUCUUUUGGGGGGGGCAUCUCCCCAGCUUCCCACCCCUUGGGAUGGAGACUUUUCAGGGGGGCUGAUUCCUUAUUUGCAGGGUUCACCCCCCUCUGUGUUGGGGUCACCCCUUUGACCCCAUCAACCCUCUGGUGCCUUCAUGCCCCCCCACCUGUGUUUUUGGGGUACGCCCCAAAGGCUGCCCCCCAUCUGCGCACUGUGUUUUGUUCCCCCCGCUCCAGCCUUGGGGGGAAUAUUUUGUCCUCUCGCAUAUCCAAAGUGCACCCUGCAGCUGGGGGCGUUGUGGGGGGGCUCUCGCCGCCCCCCCCCACGCCGGUCUUGGGUUCGACGCCUUUCGCGAAAAUUGGGGGUUCGCUCUGUGCUUCUGAAUUGCACCUGGUUGGGUUUCUGGGGUUUUUUUGCACUAGCUUUAAAAUGUUUCAUUUGAAACCAGGUAAUUUAUAGCUCCGGCGCUGCGGCCUUAAAUCCUCCCGGCGUUUGCCAGCCGAGCUCGCCGGGAAGGUCUCCCCGUGGCGGGGCCGAGCCGGGCGUUCGCUUGGCUGCAGAAUCGGGAGCUCGAGUUUUGCGGGUCCCUCGUUUGCAAGAUUGGAGCUGCAGAAAUUGGGGGGGGGGGGGGUUGUGGUUAUAAUAAAGCCUUUGUGUCCAACGGGCUUUCUGGGAAAAGUGGGAGUUAAUUUGCUGGGCUCCCCUCUGCCCUCAAGGGCGAGCACCCGGCUCGUUUAAACGCGACACCGGCCGCCUGCCAAGCUGGACCGGGCUGCACCCGGGGCGCUGGGGAGCCGACCCCCUGGUUGCUGUGGCUGGAGAUUUGCAAAAUGAUUCGCAGCUGUCGGGAAGCUCCCUUCCUUGCCCCUCCUCGCCGUGAUUUACGUCCUGGCGCCGCCGUCUUCGACCCAGAAACCUUUCUCCAAUUAAGAGGCAGCGCAGGGCCUGAUUUAUCUGCUUGGGCUGUGUGCAAAGAGAAUCGAGGGGAUUUAGAAACACGGCGGGAAGCGGGUGCCAAUUUGGCAAACCGAGGUCGGGGUUGUUGGUUUUUUGGUUUUGGAAUAAAACGGCAAAGACCGUUGCCGCUGUUUCGCAAUGCGGCGGCUGCUUCGGUUUUGCAGUCAGGGCUUCGGGCUUCAGCUGCACAGGAAAAUUUCCUCAACGGCGGCAGCGACAAACCCGAAUUGUCCUCCGGUGCAUCCGUGCCGAGGGGGGUCGAUUUGAAAUUUGUGGCCGAUCCCGGUAUCUGGAACGGCUUCGUUUGGGGGGUUUUCCCGCGCGCGAGCCACGUAGCUCAGACGGGGGAAGCGAGAUUGUGCCGAACGCAAACCUCCCCGAUUAACGAGCUCGGAGGUCUCCAGGCCGAGCGCGCCGGCACAGCCGUUUGCUGGCCGAAGGCCCCGGCUCCCGCCGCUGGGCGUGUGCGUUAAAAGGCCCCGGCGGGGGUUGGCGGGGCCGGCCCAGGCCUCGUGCACGACUCGCGGUUGGUGCCGCCGGUUCCCGAGCGUUUGUUCGCUCCAGCAAGGGGCCGGUCGGGGGGUCUGGCCGCUUGCAAACCCGCUUGCCGAGCCAGCGGGGCCGGUGUGAGGUGGGGGGGGGGCUACAGAAUUAGGCACCUCCCCCCCAUCUGUGCGCCAGCCCCCAACCCCAAGUGCACGUUGCAGACCCCCCCCCGUCUCCUGUGCCUGCCGGGGGGGG